AUGGCACAAGAAUGUUCAUUAAAAUCAACUACAAAGCCUGAAGAAGCCCUUAAAACGGCAGAGUUUUCAUUUUCUUUAUCAAGUUUCCAGAACUCUACAUCAACAAAUUCAGAUUUAACAAAAACAACAGAUACAGAUAAAGAAGAGAAAAAAGAACAAGUAGAAACUACAGAUGGAGAAAAAAAAGAAGUUGGAAUUGAUACGGAUCAAGAAGAGUCUCCGAAGACCGAUGAUGUACAUUUUGAGCCUAUAGUUCAAUUGAGUAAAAUAGAAACUAAGACAAAUGAAGAAGAGGAAACAGUUACUUUUAAAAUGAGAGCCAAACUUUUUAGAUUUGACAAAGGCGAAUGGAAAGAACGUGGUACAGGAGAUGUCAGAUUUCUUAAACAUAAUGAUACAGGAAGGAUACGUUUAGUGAUGCGAAGAGAUAAGACACUUAAAAUAUGUGCUAAUCAUUACAUUGAUCCAAAUAUAAAAUUAACAUCAAAUGUUGGGAGUGACAGAAGUUGGAUCUGGAGCGUUGUUGCUGAUAUGAGUGACGGUGAACCAAAUGCUGAAACACUUGCAAUACGAUUUGCAAAUUCUGAAAACGCAAAUCUCUUUAAAGAGAAAUUCACUGAUUCUCAAGAAGAAAAUAAAAAGUUCUUUACAAAAUAUUAAUUUUUUGAUUUUUAUUUAUCUUUUAAAAACUUAUUCUUCAUAUUAACAUUACUUAUAUCUACUUCUAAUUUUAAACAAAUAAUAUCAUUUUUUUGUAAUAGAUAAUCAUAGUUUUUAAAUAAAAUACUUGAUUAUAUAUAUAUAAAUAUAAUCAUUUUUUAAAGAAUAUUAGGGCUGAUUAACGUCUAUAAAUUUAUCAACUUUCCUUACAAAUAUAAACCUUAUUUAACAAUAAGAAAAUAUAACUAUUAUUUAUAAAAGAUAGUUCAUGGUUGAG